AUGGAUGAAACAGUGACGGAAAUUAAUGAUGUAUCAGUGUUCAAUAACACCUGUAUGAGGUGGCAAAUUAGCUCAGGAAGAAUAGACUCUAAGAUUGAAUAUGUGAUAUACAUAAAAGGAAAACGGUUGGCCCCUGUGGAGUCAGUUCAUGAAGAGACUAUCAACUUGACCACAGACAGCAGGACCCCACAAGUGUGCCUCGACUUGCAUCCAGGCACCAACUACACCGUGAGCAUUUCCACAGCCCCUCCCAGGCGCUCUGUGCCCGCCAUGCUUGGUUUCCAGACAUCUGAAGAUGAGCUCUUAGAAGAUGAUGGAAUUUUCAAUGUUUCAAUAUUGAAUGAAACUUGUUUGAAAUUGGAAAGUCAUUCUAGGAAGGCUGGAUCAGAACAAAUGUACCAAUUUCAAGUUCUGGGUCAAAGAUGGUAUCUCGAUAACUUUCAUCAUGCAAUUGCAUUUAACUUGACAACGACAGAACGAGCUGUGGAAGUGUGUUUGGAUCUGUACCCAGCCACCCAUUAUUCAGUGAAUGUCACCCUACGGGGACCUCCUGAGCAGCACUCAGUGCAAAUAACCAUGACAACUGCGCCAACAGUAAAACAGACCAUCACUAAUAUUUCAAUAUUUAAUGAGACCUGCUUGAGAUGGCGAAGUAUGAAGACAGCUGAUAUAGAAGAGAUGUAUUUGUUCUGCAUUUGGGGCCAGAGAUGGUAUCAGAAGGAAUUUUACCAGGAAAUGAUCUUUAAUACCACUACCAGCAGCCAGGCCCCUGAGAUAUGCUUGGACCUGCAUCCGGGUACAAACUACAAUGUCAGCCUCCAGGCUUUGUCUACAGAAGUCCCUGUGGUCGUCUCUCUGACAACCCAGAUAACAGAGCCUCCCCUUCCGGAAGUAGAAUUUUUCACAGUACAUGGAGGGCCUCUACCACGCCUCAGACUGAGGAAAGCCAAGGAGAAAAGUGGACCUAUCAGUUCCUAUCAGGUGUUGGUGCUUCCCCUGGGCCUGCAAAGCACAUUUGCUUGUGAUUCUGAAGGGGUGACCUCAUUCUUUAGCAACAGCUCUGAUGCUGAUGGAUAUGUGGCUGCAGAAGUACUGGCCAAAGACUUUGCAAAUGAUGCCAUGGAGCUAUCCAUCGGCGACAGGCUAUACUAUGGGAAGUACUAUAACGCUCCCUUGAAGACAGGAAAUGACUACUGCAUUGUAUUACGAAUCACAAGUGAAUGGAAUAAGGUGAGAAGAUAUUCCUGUGCAAUGUGGGCUCAGGUGAAAGAGGCUCCAGAAGGAAAUGCAGGCCACCUGGUGCCUGGAAUCCAGCCUUAUAAGAUCCUGAGCAGAGAACCAGUCACAGUGUGCCUGAACUUCGGAAUCACAGAAUUAUUCGUCACUCACACCGCAGCAGAUGGUGGGUGUUGGACUGGGCUCCAUAGUUUUUGUGAUCGUGCUUGCAUUCCUCUCCUUCUCAGCAGUGUGACUGUGGAUGAGAAGGAAGCACUGCUGCUGGUGAGUGUUCUGACAGCUUCUCAGUGCUUCAUCGAGGCCUUGUGUGCUUCCAUCCAGAGGGGUAUUCGAACCUGCAUAUUUCUCCAUUCCCAGCGUGGCCUCAUUCCUGGACCCAAGAUGGUGGCUCUCUCUGUGGAGUUCCCCCGAAGAAGGAAACUUGGAAAUCAUUGCUGUCAUUCCUGCUUCUGGACCAGUUCUGUGUCUAUGAGCUUGAGAUGCUUGAUGUGCAAUGUCGUGUUGACAGAUCAUAAGAGUCUGAUCUGAGUGUUGCCUACAAGUCAGCUUCUGUAAACGCUGGAUGCAAGAGAGUCUGUAUCUUCUUUUAUAGUGUCUGUAAUUAAUUCAGAAUCCGUUCUUUCAUAGUCUGUAAUGAGAUGGACUUAACUUGGGGCUGGAAUUUGACUUUAUGGAGGAGAUCAUUGGAAAUGAUAAAGAACAUUGAUGUGGGCAAAUGUUUCAAGCAUUUCAGAAGCAGUUCUUUCCCUAUCAUUAAUUGAUAUGUUAAUUAGAAAUGAGAUUAGCCUGGCUCUUCCAGUAAAUUACUUGCAAUGUCUGUUAGGCAGCAUUGCUGUGAGGCAAUUCUACUUGUUUUGUAUGUGUUCAAAAGUAAUGCCUGCUUGCCGGCAAAAAUGUCUGCAAUUUAGAUUAUACUUACCUGGGUUAAAUUUUCGUUACUGAGCAUCUCCUCAGAGUGCUCUGCAUCUCCCUUUAGAAGUUGGGGUUUGGUGGUAAUGCAGUAACCAUGGGCUGAAGCAAUGUCAAGGUCAUAGCCAGGCCAGCCUCCACAUGUUACAGGGAGGGGUAAUAACGGUGAGGGACAUGCCUUACCUACAGUCUCAGUGGCCGUGACUGCUUUCAUGGCCCAUGAAACAUUAGCUAGAGGCAGUACUGGGCCUUCUGUCAUUCUGUGUCACUUACAGAUGGAGUGUGUUAUUUUUGGUGUUAACUUUUUUCUCUGAUAGAUCAACUCCAAGGCUCAGAAAUAAAUGAAUGGAGAAGAAAGAGAAGCUCGGGGCUUCUCUCCUUCUUCCUCCUUUACUAGGUGUAGAGAAUUUAAAACCUGUAGAGGAAAGACGGGGCCGGUAACAUUCAUACCAUCAGGGUAGAGCAGAUGCAGACAUGGCCCUGGAAUUGUGCACCGUGUUGGUGCACUUUCUGGUGUUGGAUGAUGGUGUAGGACAAAUCUGAGUGACCUGGUGCAAUGGUUUGUAUAUACUUCGUCCCCACCAAAACUCAGGUUAAAUUUUGAUUGCCACUUGUAAUGGUGUUGGGACCUUUAAGAGACGAUUGGAUUGUGAAGAGGAAUUAACACCUUUCUUGCACAACUGAGUUCUCACUCACACAUGACUUUGUUAGAUACCGCGAGAGCAGGUUGUUUAAGAGUGAGUCUGUCCCUUGGGUUUUGUCUCAUUCACAUACUUCACAUACUCUCACUUGUCCUUAAAUCACCCACUCUUGGAUAUUCUGUUAGAGCAACAGAAAACAGGCCACGACACCUGCACGUGUAAGCAGAUGAAAGACGAUAGGAACUGCCCACGAAGCUGUUCAAGGGCAAAGUGUUCCCCCUGGUUGGAAAAGUCAGUGCCAGCACUUGCUUAUUCAGUGCCAGCCUUCAAAGCCUUCUCGCUCUCAGCAUAGGCAAAUAGAGAGCAGUGCUCUCAACAGACUGUACAAAUAGCUUGCCAUUUUAAAUUUUUAGGUGCAACAAUUCUAAUUCACUGUUUUCACAGCUCUUGAACUCAGUUUUUAACCAUUACAAAUUAUUGUGGUUAGUGUAAGGUAGGGCUUCAGAAGAGAAAGAAUUUUCCU